UCGGUUGUCGCAGUUCAAUGACGUAUGUGAUUCAAUGACCGUGAGCUGUGUGACAUGAGUGUAAAGGCACUACUCAAACCUCUAAAAUUAUGAAUUCGUCUGGUUUCAUGUGUUUUUUGAGACGUUCGUUGUUACAGCUGGAAUGCAGAAUUAUAGAGGCUACAGGACAUGACAGACAAUUUGCCCCGGCUCUAGCUGUCCAUGGGCCCAGCAUCCUCCCACAUCCCCACGAUGAGCAAGAGGUGCCCUCGGAGCCCAGCUUCCUGGACAAUGUGUUCUGGAUGGCAGCACCCAAAAAGAGACGCACAAUAGAAAUCAACAGGACCAGAAGACGAGACCCAAGCUUUAUGCUCAAAGUUAAGACCAACAUUGAGCCGUGCGUGGAGUGUGGCCACCUGAAGCAGAAGCAUAUUCUGUGUGGGUUCUGUUAUGAGAAGAUCAGGAAGGAGACAGCGCUGAUCCGAGGUCAGAUUAAAUCCAUGGAGGGCAGGCCUCUCAACACACCAGCGCAGGAGACCCUGGUCCUGUAUGACAGCGAGAGUCCAUGGGAGUCCGACAAAGACAAGAGGAUAGUGGAGAGAAACAGAAAACGACCCUCCUGGUUCAGUAUCUAUUGAGGUAGCAUUUAGUCACACCAGUAAUUAGGUUGCUAAUAUCCCAGUUUCUGUAGUGAAGUAAAUGCAUUGAUUAAAAAAAUCAACAGCA